UAGGACUUUUAUUUUGUACUGAAAAGUAUAAGCGCAUCCGGUGUUGUAGCUGUCUUCACAUUCGCAUACUCAUUUUCUUUCUUUGCAGCCAUUAAAAAUGAUUAAAAGUGGAUUUUACAGGGUGUCAAACAUUGUGAAGACCAGCGGGAUGUUUUUGAGGUUAUGGGUAAGGAAAAUGAGCGCCGAUUCUUCAUCUUUGACCCUGAGACAACAGCAGGACGGAAUCAGGAGGAUUAUUCUGAAUAACCGCAAGAAGAGGAACGCGUUAUCUCUGCCCAUGCUGGAGUCCCUGAGAGAAAACAUCCUGACAGACUCCGACAGCGAAGAUCUACGAGUGAUUAUUAUAUCAGCUCAGGGUCCAGUGUUUUCUUCAGGUCAUGACCUUAAGGAGCUGACCUCCGCCCAGGGCCGAGAAUACCACAGCAAGGUGUUCCAAACCUGUGCAGAGGUGAUGACCCUGAUACAGGAUAUCCCUGUGCCCGUCAUCGCUAUGGUGAAUGGUGUCGCCACGGCAGCAGGAUGCCAAUUAGUUGCCAGCUGUGAUAUUGCCAUAGCAACAGAUAAGUCGACCUUUGCCACCCCUGGAGUUAACGUCGGACUGUUCUGCUCCACCCCAGGUGUGGCGAUAGGGCGAGCUGUACCCAGAAAGGUCGCCAUGGAGAUGUUGUUUACAGGGCGGCCCAUCUCAGCUCAGGAUGCCCUGCUCCAUGGGUUGAUCAGUAAGGUGGUGAGCGAGGAGCAGUUAGAGGAGGAGACGCUGGCGAUCGCCCGGCGGGUGUGUGAGUCCAGCCGCCCUGUGGUGGCAUUGGGGAAAGCCGUGUUUUAUAGGCAGAUGGCUCAGGGGCGGGACGCGGCGUACGCCUCUGCUUCUGCAGCUAUGGUGGAGAACCUGGCACUGCGGGAUGGGCAAGAGGGCAUCCGGGCAUUCCUGGAGAAACGGAGACCUGUGUGGACCAACAGUGCUGAGAAAGACCACACAUGACCACUGGUGAUGUCAGCAUGGCUACAAUGCUAAACCACUGACACAAACAAGCUCCAGAUGAUAUAAUUGUCUAUAAAAUAUAAAACUGAGACAAAUAAAACAGAUAGUUAAAUAUAAUAUCAAUCUUGUUAAAGGGAUAGUUCACCCAAAAAUGAAAAUUCUCUCAUCAUUUACUCCACCUCAUGCCAUCCCAGAUGUGUAUGACUUAC